AUGGCACAGGUGGAGGAGAAGAACUUAUUCCUGACUCGGAAGGAAGGGUUGGAAAUGCUUCAACCGCGACGUCGCUGGAAAGUGACGGAGGCACCGGAGUAA